AUGGACAACCAACUGGCUGCAGAGUGCCCACAGGAGACACUUGUGAGUGGUCGCCUGAAGCACCAGGUGGCUAACGUGCAUCCCAGUAGGAUCAUCCUCAACAGCCAACUGAGAAGACAGAUGAGCGCAGAGAAGGAAGCUAACAAUGAAUGCACCCGGGAAGCCCUUGCCAAAAAGGUUGCAGCACUGAAGAGAGGUUAUCAACAGAUCGGUGAAAUCGAGGAUGAAAUGGAGGUCAACCAAAGUGGUGUCGCUGCCAGUGCUAAGCCCAUCAAGCCAUGGACGAAUGAGCCACUUACCCCCCUAGCUGAUGUGGAAGACAAUGCUGGACCUGUAGUGAUGAAGGGGAAAGGGACAAAAGCAGCAAAGGCAAAAUCGCUGCGUGAAGCGAUAAUCUCCACGCACAACAAAUGUGUCAAAAAUUGGGUGAACAUUGUCGACACAAGCUCUACGCGAUCUUCAAGUGCCAGUGCCAGUCCUCGCACAUCAGCUGCACCACCUCUGUCCACAAGUACCCUCGCUACAAGUACUACUGAUGUCGAGUUCCAUGUAUUCAAUCUCAGCUCUCCACUGCCAAAUGAUCCCCAAUAUAACUACAAGUUCAAAUCCCAACUACCAGAAAACUUUGACUCGCUACCUGAUCGCAAAGAUGGAGAAGCUAGUGGGCCAUCUCAGUGCACUGCUGCAAUGGCCGAGGAGUAUGAGACCAAUGAUCCUGCUGCCAGACUCACCAACAUCAAGAGGAAAGUAGCUGAGUUGGAAUACAUCUCAACCUCUGAGGUUGAGGGCGACAGCAUUGAUGAUAACUGCGACAAUCUAGAUGAUGCCAUCUGUGUUUUGGGGCACAAGAAUGCCAUGGCCAAGUCACGUGUCAUGGUUACAAAGGGCAUGCCAAAGAAGAUCAAGAUACAAGCUUGCAACUCUAUGUCCAGCUUAUCAGCCACAUCUACUAGCAAGAGAUCUAUUGUAACUGUCCCUGCACAAGUGCAUUUCAACAAUUCAGAUCUCCCCUUGGAUCUGCAUAAAGAUCAGAAGUGGAAGAGGGAAGUUAUUCCGAUGCUAAUCCUAUGGGCCGGAAACCAAGAGGAUGCAUUCAACAUCGCCAAGCAAGAUAUUUGCGGGGCUCUACAGGAGAUCAUGCCAGUCGUAUACCCCAUACUCAAGAACAUGGCAAGUAGCAUUCUUCCCAGCUCACCCAUGGUUUCUGUCGUGUCUCAACACUUGUGUGAUUGGAGGCAUGGCUUUGCCUCCAUGGCCGUUGCGCAACUCAUAGCUUUCUUCCUCAAUCCUCAAGACCCAUCACCCACCGACACUGCAAAAGUAUUACUCGAUCAUUUCACAUUCUUAUAUGAAGACCUUGACACGACUGUUCCUGAGAAGGCCUUCCGCUCUGUUUUUGUGCAACAGCUGCUGCUGAGCAGCCAUUUGACUGCAACCAAAGGAUACAUUCAAGUCCCCACUCUUGACACUUUGUCUUUGGCGAAGCAUGGUGUUGUUGGUGCUCUUGGACUUUGUGCUGCUGCGCUCUCACAUGGCUUGAACCUCAUUAGAUCUGGUGACAUCGAGCUCAAGUCCCCCAUCAAUGUCAAAGAUGGUAUUGCCAAAGUGGCAACAAGGUUUGUGCAGACCCCCGUCAAAUACAACAUGGCUUUGGGCAAGGAUAGCAAGACUGCAUGUGCAUUUUCAGACCAGAAUUGGGGAGCCCCAAUGAGGAAGUUUACAGGGGCCACCAAAAGAAGAUCUAUUGCUCAGCUUCAAGCCAUUGUAGAGCUUGCCCUUGCUUCGCUUGCGAUAGGGCAAGAACUCGACCCCAAGCUGUUGAGUGAUGCAGGAUCUGACAACGAGUAUGCACUUAUCUGUAGGUUUUCAUUCCCUACUGCUUAUACGAUCCACUGA